AUGAAAUUUGCCAAACUACCCGAACAGCCGAUUGUCGAGAUGAAGUCGAAACAUAAGCUGCCAAAAGGUCUCCCGAAGAAUGUAUUGAUGAAAAGAAGGCAAAAAGGUGGAGGUGAUCCGGCUUCCAAAGCAACCACCAGCGUCGACGGAACGGACAAAAAGGAAGACACAAAGGCUCAAGAGCUGAAAAAUGGAGUGCCGAAGACAGAAGACCCGAAAAAAGGGCAACCGAAGAAAGACGACCAGAAAAAAGAAGAAGUAAAACAAGGGAAUGAGCCUGUUGUUCACAAAACAGCGGACACGAUCGUGAGGAGGGUCUUGAAGUCAGAUGAGCCGAAAAAAAUUUUCAUAAUGCCACAAGAGAAGAUCCUUCUCGAGGAGUGUCAACCGCUGUCUCUCACGAGCCCAGUUCAAACGAACUACGAGACGUUCAAGACGAAAUCCAAAGUUUUUGAGUGGGUUAUUUUCUUUUUUUCCUAUAAUAAUGAUAACUCACAGGUCUAAAAAUUUUUUUAAGAUACAUAAUAAAAAUUUAAAUCAAACGCGUUUACUAAAAAUAUCGUUUUAAGGUAUGGUAAUAAAAACUUGAGAACACGCUUGAAUUGUAGAUUUUGCGUUUUUUCUUCGAUUCAAUAUUUUUUUACCGUCCGAUCAAUUUUUUUUCAUUCGGACCGCCUCGAAAAGUCACAGUCGGAAAACAUCAUUUGAAAAGAGAAAAUAUAUAAAUUUCAUUUUUACAAUCGCGCUUAUUUUUUUUAUUGAGGAUGUUGUCAGGGCUUCCGAAAUCCGCAAUUUCAAGAUUCAGUUCCGCCGAAAUCUGAACCCAGACCAAAAACGGUUUCUUAAAAAAAAAUUAGGGUGUCAGGAAUUGCUCGUGGAAGCUGAGGCGGAGAAAAGAGGCGAUCCGAACAAAAAUCAAAAGAUUACAAAGAGCAUCUCACAAGAAAAAAUAUUCUGAGCUAGGUCUCGUAGGUGUUGAAAAUUUUGAAAGAAAGAGCAGGCGGUUCGGGACGGAAAAAGUUUAUAAUUUAGUUGGAGCGGAAGUUUUUUUCGAGCAGUCAUACUUUUUCCUCAAGCGCUGACCAAAGCACAAUUUACGAUAAUAAAAACCUAAUAAAAAUCCACUAGGUCCAAUAGUCUCAUCGUACUCUGAUCACUAUCUCAUACUUAUUCGAAAUUCGCACCCAAAAAAAAACGUUAUGGUACCUCAGUUGUAAAGGAGAAAGUUUUCAGGGGAUACGUUUACAGUUUUUACUCUGGUAAUGCAAGAGCUUAGAGAUUAUUUCGACAUUCACGCAAAAGGUAUAUAGAAAGCUGUGAGAGAAAAAAAAAUAUUUGUUAUUGUGAUUUAAGCUUUGGAGAUCAUCAAUUUAAACGCCAACCAUGCGGAGAUAAAAAUGAUACAAAAUGCGAGAUACAACGGCGUCUAUGACGUCAUGAACGCAAGCUAUCCCGGUUUCUCUUCCCCGAUUAACUGGCCAGUAUGCAAAUGUCGCCCUCAACAACCUUCAUGUGAGUUUUCACGAAAAAGUUUCAUAAUUUCAUAGUUUUCAGUCGCUUUAAAUGCAAUGAAAAAAUCGUGAAAAAGAGCAGUAUUGAAACUUAAAUGCUAAUAACAGAAAAGAAAAAAUUGUGAUCAGGAAACUGUGAAAAAGGGAAAAAUUAAUCAAAGAAAUUGGUACAUUGUGCCAAAAGCCGCACCGCGACCGCAACGAGUUUCUACGGUAACCACAAGUAACAAAAAAUUAGAAAAAUGCAUCGAGUUAAAAAAAUAAAUAUCAUUCACUCAUUUUGUUCAAAAAACUUUCUGUGCGUAUUUUUAAACUUUUUAUGUUACGAAAAGACCUUUUGCAAAGUUUUUAUCGUUAGCUCUGAAGCUUACCAGAAAUCAACUAGGCGCAUUUUCAUUGUAGUUCGCUUUUUCGAUGUCGACGACCCGAGAGAAUUUUUUUUUUUCAAAAUAUUCGUUCAAAUUAAAUCAAACUUGUUCAUUUUCAUUUCGAGUGAAACUGAAAAACAGCUUGAGCAGAAUGACUAAGAAAUAAUUUGGCGGCUUCCAAUUUGCUUAGGCCAGCAAAACGACGGUUCAAAUCGGCGUGAAUCUUUCAGUUCAGACGAGUCAUUUUCAGUGGCCUACGAUGAACUCAAAAGGUUGCGCGCUUCCUCUUCAAAAGCAAACGAGAAGCGGCUUCUGGAGUUGUUGGAGGCUCAACACGAAGAGAUGGCGAAUCUCUUGCACGCCGAAGGGCUAAACUAUUUUUAUUGGUACAAAAGUUCGUCUCUUCUCUUUCUUGACACUUUUCGACGAGUAUUAAAAAGUCGAGAAAAAAAAAAUAAUAAAAAUGAAAAUUCCAAUUUAAUAAUGAUAAUAAUAUUAUUUAUUUACAGGCAGAACAAAAUAACAUGUACAGAAAAAAAGAGAAAAAAAUUUGGCAUUAAGCCUGAAAUAAAUAAAUAAAAGGCACUUGAGGCCCUCACGAGCCUCUGAGCCAGUAAUGAAAGAAUAAGAGGUGAGGAUUGCACAAAGGUAAAAAAAGUAAAUAGAAAAAGAAAGCAUUGUAAGUUAUGACACAGUGUAGCACAGGUGAAUGGGGAAUUUAAUUGUUUGUAAUGAUAUAGACGCGCAUAAGAUGGAUUAGAGUAUGGCUGAAGCAAUUUGAGAAUCAAAAAAAAAAAACCCGUGAUAAACUUCUAAUUUUUUCAGCGUUCGUCCCCGUCGAACAAGCGGUUCUGCCAGGGGAGUCUUUCGGUGACGCUUGUAAGAGAGUUUUCAGUAAGUUCAUUCAUUCCGUUUGUACUUCCACUCUCCUACAUAUCGUAGGGCACACACUCAAUGAUUUUCAAGCUCAAAUGAAUGAGAUUUUUUUUUAGGUUCGCACGAUCGUUCCACAGAAUUGGGUGAUCUAAUGGCCCUCGUUCAUAACUCUCCACAUCCAAAUGAGAAGCUCCCGAAAGCAAAAAUCCUGCCCGCUCCGAAAACGUCCAAAGAAAAAAAGGAAAAAGACUCGAAUGAGAAGGAUUCCAAGGACAAAAAACCGAAGAAGGCCUAA